UCUCUAGGGACCUUGGUAGAUGAUCAACAAGCUUAUCUGAAAUAUUGACAUCAAUCUCUUGUAUCGAUUGCACUGGUUUAAUGCACAGUUCAGCUGAGACAUGGCAAAGAAGGUAGCAGUGAUCGGGGCUGGAGCCAGUGGACUGCCCGCCAUAAAAUGUUGUGUGGACGAGGGUCUGCAACCCGUCUGUUUCGAGAGAACCGAUCACAUAGGUGGUCUAUGGUACUACACGGAAGAGCCGACGGACGGACAGUCCUGUGUAAUGAAGUCCACAGUCAUCAACACCAGUAAAGAGAUGAUGUGUUACAGCGACUACCCUAUCCCAAAGGAGUACCCAAACUUCAUGCACAACAAACACGUUCUCCAGUACUUCAAUUUGUAUGCGGAGAAAUUCGAUCUUAAAAAGUAUAUACGGUUCAAAACAGAGGUGGUUAACGUGAAGAAGAGCGAGGAUUUUAAGACCUCGGGAAAAUGGAGUGUAACCACAAGAGAUGUCACCACAGGACGGACUGAAGACCACGUGUUUGAUGCCGUUAUGUUGUGUACUGGUCACCACGCCGAUAAAAACGUCCCGGAUUUUCCUGGUUUACAGGACUUUCAGGGUAAAGUCAUACAUACACACGAUUACAGAAAACCACAAGGAUAUGAAGACAAACAGGUUGUUAUCAUCGGGAUAGGAAACUCGGGGGUGGACUCCGCAGUAGAGUUAAGCCGAGUGGCUAGCCAGGUAUUUUUGAGUACUCGCAGGGGGGCGUGGAUCUUCAACCGUGUUGGAGAUAAGGGACAACCGGGUGACAUGUUAUUUUCCAACAGAGCCACAAGGGUUAUUUUGAAAUUACUGAGCUUCUUCCAAAGCACUGAUGAGAUGUUUGCAAAGAAACUGAAUGAACGAUUUGAUCAUGCCAAGUAUUCACUACAGCCCAACUUCCCUCCGUUUUCCUCGCACCCCACUAUAAAUGAUGACCUACCCAACAGAAUCAUAUGUGGCUCUAUCAAAAUCAAACCUAAUGUAAAGAAAUUUACCAAGACCGGGGUUGAAUUCGAAGACGGGACGUUUGAAGAUGACAUCGAUGCUGUGAUUUUGGCCACGGGUUACAGAUUUGGGUUCCCCUUUCUAGAUAAGUCAGUCAUCGAUGUAAUAAACAACAAGGUAGAGCUGUACAAAUCAAUGUUUCCCCCUGACCUCGAAAAAAAGACUCUGGCCUGUUUUGGAUUUAUUCAACCACUUGGCGCCAUCAUGCCUAUCUCAGAACAACAAUGUCGUCUGUUCGCCAGGGUUGUCAAGGGAGAUGUCACGCUUCCUAGCAAAGAGGAAAUGUGGACCGAGGUCCGUAUGAAACUGGACGCCUUGCAUAAAAAAUAUGUCGAAAGUCCAAGGCAUACUAUUCAGGUGGACUACCUUAACUAUAUGGAUGAAAUAUCCAAAUUGAAUGGGAAUUUUCCAUAUUUAGGCAAGUUGUUGUUGAAGGAUCCAAAACUGGCUGCGUCCGUCUUCUUUGGUCCUGUAACACCUUACCAGUACAGGGUUAUGGGUCCUGGAAAAUGGCAAGGUGCCCGAGAAGCCAUUUUCACCCAGAUGGAGAGAGUUGACUAUCCUUUUGCCACGAGGCCGCUUGGCUUUAAAAUUGAAAAGGAUCAAAAGAAAAGCUUUUGGAAAUAUUGCUUCUAUUUCUUGAUUUUAGCAUUGCUUGUUCAAUUCAUUUUCAGGUAGUCAAUGUGCUUAAACUGUGAUUUUUUAUACAAAAUACUUUUAUAAUCUAAUCAAGAUAAAUUUCAUUUUUAUUCAGAUUUUCUAAAUAUAUUCUUUUGAGGACAGUUUUUGAAAGAAAUUUAUAUACGUUUUCAUACUAGAAUUUUUUUUUUUUAAAUGUCAGAUAUCCUUAAGGCUAAGUUCCAUUUCAAUAAAUCUUCAACAGUGUUCAUUUAUCAAUAAUUGUACAUCUUACUGAAACAGUGCACUAGCUUA